AUGAUCCUCCUCUUUUUCCGAUGCAACAUGGCUUCCAGUCCGAAACGAGCAAGAUCCAAUACCGCAUCACAUAUUUGUCAGCUAUGCCACAAGGCAUAUGAGCGAGCAGAUCACCUGAAUCGGCAUCUAGACUCACAUCGUAACGAGAGAAGCUUCAAGUGCUCGAAAUGUUCUCGCGGCUUCAAUCGACGUGAUCUGCUGCUCCGACACCAGGCUGCACAUGCCCACAACAGUAGUUUAAAGCGAAACGCCCCGGAUCGAUCUGUAGAGCGCGCCAUCAAAGCUUGCGAUGCAUGUGUGGUCUCCAAGGUGAAAUGUGACAAUGACCGUCCUUGCCAGCGAUGCCUUCAACGGAACAUUGAAUGUGUUGUUGAUGAGGCGACGGACAUUCCGGUCUUCUCAGCUGAUGGGCUGUCCGAUCAACAGUCCUCACGUCCCCGCCAAUCUUCGCUCUUCUCCACGAAAUCGACAGACAAUAGUCAAAACCAAAGCGGAAACGUCGAGGACAGCAUACUGUUCGAUGCCUCCAACUUCCACCAGGCACAAUCCAAUGAUCCAGCCGUGUGGAACUCCACCUUGAUCGAUUCAAUGCUCCCCUUCCCGCCAUUCUUCGAACAGAUCAUGGCCCCGGACUUUGUUGCUAACCAAUCGUACUCGAUGCCUCCCGACAUAUUCCAUAUGAUGCCGGAUGACAACUGGUUUCCAGAGUGCCCCGACAUCUUUGGUCACGAUUUCGCGCCGACAAUCGACCAAGCAUUGCAAUCAAAUGUGAAUGAAUUCACCCUCCGACCCGAGGGAGAGGGUCCAGAUGAAAUUGAUCACAACACCACCAUUAAUGACAGUGCGGGAGAGCGACAUGCCAUUUUCCAGCGUUCGCCGUGGCUGUGGAAACCAGAAGCAAAUUCAAAUGCUUUCAGUGAGCACGGUAGCUUCCCUCUAGAUGAGGGGCAGGUCAACUUGGCAUCAUCACCACACCAACAACCCCUGCCACAGCUAGUUCUCCAGAGAGACCUCUCUCCACGCUUGCGAGAUCGACUCUUUCAACUCGUUGUCAAGACGGCCGAGUCACACAUCUCCAUACCGACCUUCCCAUCCACAGAAUGCCUCAAUCUACUUCUCAAAGUUGGCCUGACCAAAAGAAUGGAAACCGAUGUUUGGAUCCACCCGUAUACGUUUGACGCGGAAACGACCAGGCCAGAACUACUCAUCGCUCUGAUCGCGGCRGGAUGUAUUUGUUUUGGAAUUCCAAGCGUCUCCAAGACUGGACUUGUAUUGUUUGAGCUGACCCGAGCGGCUCUACAUAAACUCGUCGAGGAUGACAACAGCAUGAUCAGGGAUCUGCAAUACCUACAAGCCUGUAUGAUAUGGAUCGAAGUUACUGCUUUUUGUGGAUUCAAACGGAAGAUGGAGAUUGGUGAGCACAGCUUGCAGCCACUCGUCACGGCCUUGAGGCGAGCAGGGAAGUUUGACCGAGUCGCGUAUGAAGAAAUAUCCGUCUUCGUUAAGGAUGACGAACAGACUCUUCGAUCUAAGUGGGAAGCUUGGGUAGAGGUGGAGUCCUAUAAACGAUUAGCACACCAUCUGUUUGAGCAUGACAUGUACUCGACGCACACCAAAUGCCGCAACCCUCUCAUAUCCUACGCCGAGAUGACUCUACCAUUGCCUGCGUGUCGGGAACUUUGGCUUGCAAGGUCGCCAGAGGUUUGGCGGAUGAGAUUGCUGUCUUUGGACAACGAGUCAGAACGUCGUAGCGUGUCCAUACGGGAUCUUCUGGCAGAUGCCAACCUGCUGCGGUACCUCCCGAAGCAUACUGAUGCUCGACUGGCACGUGCACUACAUGCAUACGGUCUCUCGGCGCAGGUGUGGGAAUAUCAUCAACAAGCCAUGGUAUCUACAACCUCCUUCACUUCCGACCCAGAUCCAUCGGCGAAGCUGUGCUUACAGCUCCAACACAAACAAUUAAACCAAUCGCUCCAACAAGCUCGCCAAAUGCUAAAGGGUGAUCUAGCCGUGACAAUCUUACUUCAUGAGUUCCUCGUGAUGAGUCUACAUGUCGAUACGGACCUGAUCACUCGCUUUGCUGGCAAAUGUGGCGAGGCAGAAGCCCGUCGAGCAUACAAAGACUUGCAACCCUGGAGUCGUACCAAGGACGCCCGAACGGCAAUUGUACACGCUGCUCAAGCAGUUCGAAUUGCGAGAACAGUACCUCCUUAUCAACUUCGAGGCUGCGACUCUUUCAUUCUCUAUCACGCCAUCAUGGUUCUUUGGACAUAUAGCAUGAUGCAUCAAGGCGCACAACGGCAGGAUAAAGAUGUCGAAACCAAAAGACAGGACAAAUCCGCAUUAGUUCUCUUGGAUGAGGAAAGCAAUGAUCGUAUCGCAGCUUUCAUCCUCUUGGAUUCUGGACAGCCAUGUCUGAGUGGAUCCCAUCACGCUUCACAGGUGGGCCAAGAUACCUCGCACGUGUGCGACCUUCGUAAUCCACAAGCUGUGAUGGCGAUGGGUGUCAAGGUGUUUGAAGGAAAUCUUCCAAACGAGACGCGACAGAAUCUCCCCCAGCUAAUCAAAUGUCUUUGUGAGCUCCUGAGCGAGCUCGGUAGCCUGAUACAUAGCUAA